UCGUGAUCCACCUAUGGGUUGACUAUAACACCGGCAAUGUGUUUUUUGGUGUCCUGGACAACGCAACGAUGCAGCUCGAAGCAGGCCCUUCCUGGGCAUUCGUUAUUUGGGAUUGACACCCAGGUAAUCGGAUCCUUAUUUUACUCUUAAUAGGGUUACGCCCAGUACUACAUCCGCUUUGCCGAUUACUACAAUGGCAUUCUGAUGUUGUUGGCAGUAAACUCGCUCCCAUCGAAGACCAUCAGCCUUAUCACUAUCCCGUUCAACAGCACAAAUAUCGCCCCCGCACUCCCUACAAAUCUGACGGGGUACGGGCCUUUUAACAACACAGGCCUUAGUCCUCUGUUGGCUGGGUUCUUUGCCGAUAACUACUAUAUCGUACAACGCUAUGACUUUGAGGUAGAUACUACGGAUUCGAUCACCAUCAUCAACGUUGCUAAUAUCACGGAUGCGAAAUUCCAGCCUCCGGUCAACAUGAGCACGUAUAUCAACACCUUCUUUGACGAAACGAGGGCGUACUUCUGGCAACCCGUCGGAGGACUCAAUGGCUCGCCUGCGUUUGCGUACUUUGAGAGGAUAGACGUCAAAAACAACACCCUCGUCUCCUCUGUGGCCCUCAACGGACCAAAUGUCGGACAGUGGAUGGAUGUCAAGUAUACGAUCAACGUCACAGACACGCUUGGAGUGAACCCGAAUCCCUCGACCCCAAGCCCUUCCUCCGGGAACUCGACUUCUUUCGUUCCAACGGACUCGUCGGACUCAUCCGACACGCCUUCGAAGGGACUUGUUAUCGGAUGCGUCGUCGGGGGACUGGCGGCGAUUGCUGCUGCAGUGUUUGUGUUCAUGUUCUUCAUGCGUCGCUUGAAGAAGGAUACGAAGUACGAGACGGUCCAGACAUCUGGAUCGGGUGGUGGCGGCGGCAAGACGUCGUUUGAAGAGCAGAGUGGAUACACGGAGCCGCAAAUGCAAUAUCAGCAACAGCAGGUCUAUACCCCUUACAACGCUGGGUUGCUGGCGCCUGCAUCAGUUAUUGUGGGCCAAGAGCAGCAGCAACAGUGGUAUGCUCUUUCAGGAACUGCAGCUCCAUCAAUGACAACCUAUACAGGGAUUUACCCCGGGCCCACGCAACAACAACAACAACAACAACAACAACAACAGCAACAGCAACAGCAACAAUACCAACAACAACAACAACAACAACAACAACAACAACAACAACAACAACAACAACAACAACAACAGCAGCAGCAGCAGCAACCGUAUGCAGGAUACCUUCCCACUGUGGUUGCAACGGCGCCAUCAGGCGGCUAUGAAAUCCAGCUGCAGCAUGAAAUCCGGUUCUCGUCACAUCCACGACCGAACAUCAUCUCUUCAUUCUCGGACGAGGUGGGCAUGGCUGGCUCAGCUUCGCCGUCGACACAGAGCUUUGGGUCACCCAAUGGUACGACCCAGGCGUUGGGGUCUCGUACAAGAUCGUCUUCGCUCUCGGUUACGGAAGUACCGCCAGUCCCGAGGAGCACUCGGCCUUCGCAGUGAAAAAAGUUGACGAGGACGAGUGCGUUUUUGGUUUAAUCGCCUACGUGUGCCUCGCUUGGCCUUUAUCCCUCUCUUUAUCCCUCGUAACAUAAUUGAUGAAUGAGAGG